CCGAGCGCUCGAGCGCACAUCUCGCGCGCGCAAGUCCGUGAAAGUAACGGAAAAGUCGCUUUUUUAUAUAUAUAUACUGGAAACGCGUCGGAAAUAAAGCACCACGCGCUCCAACUUCCACCUGUUUUUUAUUUCUUAUUUUUAUUUUUUUUAAAAAUCCGAACACCACUGGUUUAAUCAGUGCGCAAAGCAGUGCGGCGUGCUCUUCUGAGCGCGAUGUGAGGACCGAGGAUCCCGUCACAGCUGACGCCGUUAAACGGAACUCGCAGGAAGCAUGUAAACACCGCGGCUUGAUCCGUGGGGCUUGUGUUUGUGUUGUGUUUAGUUUUUCGGGUCUCACACCGAGCUGCAGCCAUGAUUCCUCCCGCCAGCAUGACGCACACCGACGGGAACGGGACCGAGAAAGAGAAGGAGCGCGCGCCGGAGCAGAGCGAGCCGCCUCAGUCCCCGACAUCCGCGAGCCAGCACGUGUCCAAGCUGCAGAAGCUGAAGCGCUCGCUUUCCUUCAGGACCAAGAGCCUCCGCAGCAAAAGCGCCGACAACUUCUUCCAGCGUCCGAGUCCCGAGGUUAGCAACAGCAGCAGCACAGGACAGCUAAGUACCAUUGGGGUGUCUGUUUCGGCUCCGCCCGAGUCCUGUUACAUCCCGCCCCUCACUCCGCCUCCCACGAUGCCGUCUGGACUUCCCCUGACCAUCUGCUCGCCGUCUCGUGCGCCGCGUCCACCUGACCCCACGGCACACACCUUCCUGGAGCACACGUUCAAGAAGCCGCACUUCUGCGACGUCUGCAACCAUAUGAUUGUAGCUUGCCAAGGCGGAGCAGGCAAAGUUUUCGGCCCCAAUGCCAAGCUGGGACUCCGCUGCAAAGCGUGUAAAAUGGGCAUCCAUCACAAGUGUCUGAACAGGGUGGGGCAGCAGAGGUGCAUGGGCAAACUGCCUAAAGGCUUCAGGAGGUAUUCCAGCUCCCCGCUGCUGAUCCAGGAGCAGUUUGGCUGCAUUAAAGAGGUCAUGCCUAUCGCGUGCGGCAGUAAAGUGGACCCGGUGUACGAGGCGCUACGGUUCGGGACGUCCCUCGCUCAGAAGACCAAGAGGGCCAGCGGCUCCGACUCGCCUCCUAGAAACUCAACCAGUGAUCUUGCUCAAGUUCCAGAGGAAGCAGCUCACUGCAGUCAUGCACAGCUCACCAGGAAACACAGCGACAACGUCUUCACGUCUCUGGAGAACGGAACGGAAACCUUCCACACAGAAGAGAAGAAACCGGAGCACUCACAGAAUGAUGAAGAUGAAGAGCUGCAGAAGGACAUCCUGCCGCUCAACACCUACGUGGCUUUGUACAGAUUCAUGCCACAAGAAAGUCAGGACCUGGAGAUGAGACCUGGAGAUCGGAUAAUCCUGGCAGACGACUCUAAUGAAGAUUGGUGGAAGGGGAUGAUCGACGACAGGAUAGGUUUUUUCCCAGCAUCCUAUGCGCACCUGGUGAAGGAGGGCGAUCGGGUGUUCAGGUGCCACCGCACGUUCAUCGGCUGUAAGGAGCAGGGCCAAAUCACCAUAAAGGAGGGGCAGAUCUGCGUGAGCGGCGAGGACGAGAGAAACGGCUUCAUCCAAGUGGCCAGUGGAAAGAAACAAGGCUUCGUCCCCUGUGACGUCCUGGAGGACAUCUGAACGACAGGAAGAGAGAGAUAUGAGAAAGACAGAAAGAGAGUGUGAGAUUAACAGGAGAGGAGAUGCUCUUUCAGGAAACAGGAAGUCGAGCUGGUUAAGUCUGGAUCUACAGGUUUAAAAAAACAAGCGAGUUCUGUUUCUUCUCCGUCUCUAUGUGUGUGAAAACGAGAGAAGUGGCUGGAUGUGGAGACUUCUCAAAUUCGUUUUGCUGGAACUAAAAGACUUAAAAUGUAGAAGCUUAAGGAAAGGACUUGAUUAAGAGCGUCAGAUGAUCACUAACGCUCGAAGCUUUUUUCACCUGAAUCCAGUUUCCCUAAAGAACCCAACACUGGUUCACUCAUAGUCCUGGGAUCUGAACUUAGAACCUUCUGGUGAGCAUAAGAGCUCAAAACAAAGUGCACCCUGGAUUCUAAACAAACACACAACCUGAUAAAUAUCAAAUACUGUUUAUUCUUUGUUUUUAUGAACCAAAAAUAAUCCACUUCUCUUUUUUUUUUUUUACUGCUGUUAAAAAUUGGUGUCCUCGUGACAUGGGGAUAAGAAAAAGUGCUGCGCUCACGACAGAAAGAUCUGCCUGACAGGACGCAUUGGGCAUAUCACGAAUUAGUCAAGUGAGUUUUUCAAAACGAGGACGUGACAGCGAACAAAGACACUUUUUUCCCUAUGAAAGGAAAAACCUCAUUCUCAACCACAAAAGGCACGGAGCGUCAUUUCAUGACAGAAAACCUCAAAAAUGUCUGUGGAGGAUUUCUAAAUGACGCUCGUGAGGAGUCGUGUGCUCUACACUGCCUGUUAGUCAAUUUAUUUCCUCUUAAUAUAAACUGUAGAUCAUAAUAAUAAAAAAUUACUUUCAGGUUAGCAACCUAAUCAGCCCUUGGUUUAAUAUGCUUUAUAAAAAUCUCACAUUUUUAUUUUCUGCUCUAAAACCAACAUUAACAAUGACCACAGUGUUGCUAAAAUUAUUACUCAUAGGACUUUAUAUAUUUAAUAGUAUUAUUGAUUCUGACGUUUUAAUUAACGCUUCUUUUAAGAGAUAAAUCUGCAGAACCUUUUCGAUUGUUUUAUUUUUAAUCCACCCAAGGAAUAUUUCAGCCAAAAAAAUGCUAACAGGUCAGUUGUCCUUUUUAGUUUUGGCUGCAUUUGAUGUGUGAAUUGUAUGUUUGGCUGAACAGCUAUACAUUACCAGUCAAAAGUUUUUACACCCCUGCUCAUAGAAAGUCUUCAUUUUGACUAUUUUCUACUACUUUAGAAUAAACGAAACACUAUGAAAUAACACAUAUGGAAUUACUAUGCAGUGAGCAAGAAAAGUUCAACAAAUCGAAACUAUUUUAUAUUGAAUUCUUAACAGUAUUCAUGUUAAGAAUUAAAGUAUACACUUUCAACUUUCUUGUUUUUCAGCUUCAUGAGGAGGCUUCUCCUAAACGACCCAAAUAACCUGAGCUCCUCACUGCUUAUAUUCUAUACUUAAUAACUGUAAUGUUAAGCAUAAACUAUUUUUAAUUGAAAAAUAAUUUUAAUGCAUUAACCUCACUAUUUAUUUUUGUCUUAGAACCUAAUUUCAAUCAUAACACUUUUUUAAAAUGUCUUUAAAGGUGCACUAGUAUUUUUUUUAUUCUUCCUAGUACAAAAUAAGCUGGAAAAAAAUGUAGAAAAUGAUUUUUAAAAAUAAUUGUUUACACCAUGGCAUCAGCGUAAGUGUAUUAUAUGGCUGAGAAAACCUGCUUGAUGAACUGCAAACCGGUGCAUAAUGCUCAUCUGUGUUUACUCCUGGGCCUCCUGUCAAUCAUUUAUAGACACACCCCCAAUGCUGCUUCACUCCGCCCUCGUUGUCAGUCUGUUUGGAAAGGAAAACAAGGAACGCAGAAUCCAGUAUACACCGAGCAUAUGCUAUGAGAAAGAAAACAUGCCAUGCUUUCAAAAACUGUAAUGAUAAUAAAAAAUGUAGUAAAACCAGAAUAUACAGUAGAUUGGUAUUGCUUUUCCAAGAUGGAGAAAAAUUACUGGCUAUGGGGGUAAAGUUUGACGUGGGAAUAACGACGAUGCUCCUGGACAGUUAUGUAAACAUAAUCUGUAUAAAAUGUUGAAUUGUUUGAAUGACAGCUAUAUACCUGCAUCCGUCUCUGCUACCUAUAUAUAUAUAGUAUAUAUAUAGUGUAUAUAUAGCAAGUGCAGAUUUAGUUUAUUUACCAUGAAAACACACAAAACACGAAGACCAUGAAAUAAAACGAGGAGUAGUGAAACAAGGUAACGACACGUACCUGACAUGAACGUGACAACGACAGCAAAAGACAAAAGCGAGACAGUGAGUGUUGUACAAGAUGUGAUUUAAAUACUAAUUCUCAUCAAACAUAGACAUGAAUCAGCUGCAAACAGUCAUGAGUCAUGUGAUGUGAGUGUUGCAAUCAUGUGAUGUGCAGUGGCUGAUGGGAGUCGUAAUCCUGCGCCGUAUUCGACGCAACCAUGACAGUACUGCUAGCUUACUCCUGUGCAGCUAUCAGUGCUAUCUAGCUAACUACACUGGGAGUCAUAAUUAGCUUAAAACCUCAUGAGAACUCAUUACAAGGCAAAACAGUACAGUGAAAGCACUCUUUAUCAGUAUGAGGUGAAUGCCACGUGUUUAUAGUGUUAUAAUUUGGCUUUCAAGCUCUUAAAUGGCCGAGUGAGUAACACCGAGUUUGAUGCCCGCGCUGGUAAAUAUAACACUGCACCAUGAAGAGUAGUGUAACACGAUGAGACAAUAAGUGAAAUGUAAUAUUAAUGUCGUAAAUUACCAACUGUAAUAAAUGGACAUGGGCUGAGGUUGUUGUUGAUCGUCUAGCUAGGUUUCGGAAGACAUGAACAGCCACCCUGAUAUCAUCUAGCCUAUACUUUUGAUAUUUACAGCUUGUGAAUUGUACAGGAUUCAUAAGCUUUUUUUCCAGGAUUAAACAAAAAAAUGUUUUAAUGUUGUCGAACUCCAUCUGCUUAACCACUAGAGGUCCAAACCUGACUAAUGCACCUUUAAGGCACCUUUAAUAUGAGCAAACAUUUGACUGGUAGUCUCUCUCUCUGUCUAUCUGUGUGUGUGUGUGUGUGUGUGUUUUUGGCUGAAUUGUUCCUUUCAGUAACCCGGUGUACCUGGACCUCCUCUGUUCUCCUCUGUUCUGUGAUCAUAAAGACGUAAACAACUUUCCUGUACAUAUUUUAUGCACAGAAUUAAAGUUUAUUUAUUGA